AUGACGACGCUCGUGUGGUGGCUCCUCAGCGUCGUGGGGCGGAGGUGGUGGACUAGAGCGCUCCCAGUGGAGCCUGGGGUCUGCCGAUUCGCCGGCGACGACGUCGAUGACGUAUGGGUGCUGCUGCACUACGUGGCAGAGGGCGGACGGGUCAUCCUGUCCCCAGAGGUUGACAUCUACGUGGAGGACAUGAGCUGCGGCAGGGCCGAGACCUGGCCUGCCCGACCCAUCCCGCUGGCGCAGCGGAUGGGCAGGAUGCGGAGGCUGUAUCGCUUCGAGGAGGCGCUGGGGCCUGAGAAUCGGGCCAAGACGCUGGCGCGGGGCCGUCAGGCGGCGCUGGAGGUAGAGGCGGCGCCGCCUGAGCCGAGGGAGGCCGGGGCCGCGAGCGGCCAGCGGGUCUCGUGGCAGGAGGACGCUGGCAGGCGGCUGGCCGCGGAGCGGAGGGGCCUGCUGUACCUGAGCAUGGCCGUGGUUCGCCUGGCGGGGACGCCGCUGGAGGCUCCUGCUGGGGGUGACGCCUGGGUCGGCCGCAGUGGCGUGCCCGACGAUGUGAUCGGGGCGGAGGUCGACGUGGCGAAGACUGGAGGCCUGAGCUUCGAGGACGGGCCUGAGGCGUUCGGUGUGCUGAGGUCCGCCGACGGUGGCACGGGGCGACUCGGCCGGGUGGACGCGGGGUCGGACGCUGGGCGCCUGGCAGAGGAGGAGGCUUUCAGGCAUGACCUAUGCAGGAGCCAGGCGCGUGCCAAGGGCCCCGAGCGCCGACGCACUGCGGCCGCGGCGCCGCUCGAGGAUGAGGAGCCCGCCGGGCCCUUACGCGGCACGGCUAUGCCAGAGCUGGCGCAGCCGCUGCUGGCGGGGCCGCAGGGCGAGCAACGUGACGCCCUCGCCCGCACGCUCUGGGUCUUCUACGACGAGCAGGGCGGACGGGACAGACGAUGGCGGGACGUGGUAGGCGAGUCGAGGCAGGGGCGCCGCCCAGACGCACGGGUGGGCAGACCGCCGGGGGCUCUCCACACGCGCGAGCACAUGGUGAGGCACGGAGGCGACCUGCGGCUCGAGCCCGACCUCGCCGUGUGCGUGAGGGGCCGUGGGGAGAAUGACUGGGUGGUGCAGAAGCUGAGGACGAUCGUGGAGGCCUGGUACCAGGGCUUAUUACGUGUCCAGCUGAACAUGAGCGGCCUGAUGAUGGUGGGGAAGAUGACUCACCGCGGGUCCGCCACGCUGGAGGCCUACGGAGACCUGCUCAAGCCGAGCUGGACGAACGCGGACAUCUUCGCGGACGUGAGCUCGGAGAAGGACGUCUCGGGGUCAGAGCUCCGGGGCUACAUCCACCAGGGGGCGCAGAAGACGUACGAGGUGGAUCAGGCGCAGAAUCGGGCAGGUACGCUACGCGGGGUGCCUACUAGGACCGUCGGCGGAGCAGAAGGAGCUGGAGGCGACGCAGCAGCCCGCAGCUUCCUGCCGCCCCCGCUGCUGGGCGACGCUGGCCGCCGAAUUCGCGGCAGGUCUUGCAGGGCGAGGCAGUUCGGCCGUGAGAAUCGGAUUGCGGCGGAGGUCAACGGUGUCGUCGAUGCCGUUAACUGGAUGUCGGGGUACGACUCGCUUCCUGGCCCAGCCAACGACAUGCAGCGGGAUGUACUUGCGCGCUUCGAGGGCCUCGUUCGGGGCCGGCAGCCGGACGCCAAGUUGCAGGGUCCGCAGGCGGCCCUCCGGGAGCUGCUGCGGGGCCGCUCGCCAUACGACGGGCGCAGUGGCCCGACGACGGUCGCCUCCUACAGUGCAGGGCUCGUCAGCAUGCCGAUGGACGUGAGCGACUGCCCGCGUCUAGAGGACCUCUUGCCUGGCGAGGCCCUUACUUUCCUGCAGGAGCGCCAUGAGCGCAUGUUGCGAGAAUCACCCUUGCCGACUGACGUCGAGCCAUACUUCGACUCGGUCCUCAAGUUCAACCACAAGGAGUACCGCGGCCUGGUGCGCCGGCUGCUGUCGGACCCUCCUGGGGUGGAGCUUUUGAGCAGCGAGGGCCUUGCCAGAAUCGAGGUGCACGUGCCAGACGCGGGCUUCUCGGACUACGAGGACCUCCGCGCCGCGCUGGAGGCGCAGCAGGUGUACAUCGGCAUGGCGGACGUGAAGGACUGCUUUCAUAGGAUGCGUAUUGAUUCGGCCCUCUCGCAAUACUUCUGCCUGCCGCCGGUCAAGGCUGGGGCUUUCGGCGUGACCGAGGUCGAGGGGACCAAGGUGCAGACGUCGACGGCCAUCUACCCUUGCUGGCAGGUGCUGCCCAUGGGCUUCAGCUGGUCCCUCUACUUCGCCCAGCGGGCCAACGAGGAGGUGAGCCGCCGCAGCAGCGCGCUCCUUCGGGGGCCAGGUCUUUCAGACCAUGGGCCACCGCUCGUGUUCGCGCCGGGCAGAGCGUCCCAGGAAGUCAGGCACUACGUGUAUGUUGAUAACUUGGGGGUCUUCUCGCUUUUCUCGGAACUCGUGAGCGGCGUGAUGAACCAGCUGACAGGCGAGUUCACCAAGCUGAGCCUACUGCUGCACAAAGACGAGCUGGUGCCGGGCAAGGCAGUAGCGCUGGGCACGGAGAUCGACGGGGGCCAAUUGCGCACUCGUGUGACUAGUGAUCGGUUCUGGCGCUGCCGCCAGGCCGUGCGAGGCCUCCUAGCCCGCCGCCGCGUCAAGGGGUGGGCCGUGGAAGCAGUGCUGGGCCACCUAACCUUUUGUGGCCUCUGCUCGCGCGGCACCUUGUCAGCCUUCAAUUCAGUCUACGGCUUCGUGCGAGCCCACUACGACGAGGCGGCCGUGCUAUGGACUGAGGCGCGGCAGGAGCUGGCGGCCUUCAGCUCUUUGAUGUACUUCCUGGAAUCAGAUUGGUGGCUACCUUGGAAUCCCUUGGUGCAGCAGUCAGAUGCCAGUCUUCACGGCUACGGACUGGCAAGGGCCUUUUGGCCGCGGGAGCUGGUGGAGUCAGUCGGGCGCGUGCCUGAGCGAGCCCGCUUCCGCCGACGCUGCGCGCACAGUGCCCGCGAGGCUGCGCUCUGUGCAGCUGGUUUCAGCAUGAGCGAGAGUGGAAAAUGGGAACUCAAGGGCCUUCCUGAAGAUGAGGAGGAGCUGGGCCAGUGGGACGUUGUGAGGGACUUCCCGGAGGUGCCCGCCCGGGGGCUCCGCGCAGGUCUGCGGGAGCCCUGCUUCGCAAGAGCCUGGCAGCACCCUGAGGGCAUCCUGACCUUAGAGGCCCGAGCCCUGUCCGCCCUUCUGGCUGAGCUGUUGGAGCUCGAGGGCUCCCAGGCGGUCUCAGAGCGGGUUCCCGCCUGGUCCGCACCUGAGCGGGUAGCCGGUGGCGCCGCGGCCCGCGAUGCUGCCUGUGCGCCCGCGGGCGCCAGACGGGCGCGGCCGCUGCCUCGGCCCCCUGCAGACCAGACAGGGCGCGAGGCCAGGGGCGGGGCGCCGGCGCACACGGCGGCUGGCGCCGGUCAGGAGGCGGGAUGCCCGCGGCAGCUUGCCCCUUUGCCGCCAGUGGCGCCGCUGCCGUCGCCGGCAGCUCGGCGGGAGCACCAGCUGUGCGAGUCGGAGCUCCUGAAGACAGCGGUGCAGGGCCGCCCCCUGCCGCGGAGCUUGGGGCAGAUGGCGGAGGACCUGAAGGAGAUGCCCGUGCCAGUGGAGCCCGCUCAGGGAGCGCGAGAGAGCGACGGCUCCUCCGACAGCGGGAGCUCCGAGCCCGAGGUCGAGACCGACGCCGCGCGGCAGCCCAGGCUCGCGCAGUCGCACGAGCGCCUUGCCCGCCACUACGGGAUGACCACUGGCAGAAAGGGGUCCGCUUACCUGGAGAGGGAGGCCGUGUGGAUCCCGUCGCUGCGCGAGUACCAGAGGGCUGCGACCAUUGGCGAGGUCAUGGAGAGCAGGGACGAUGCCAUGGUGACCUCGGCGUUGGUGAGCCAGCUGACCGGACUGCACCAGACUGGGACUCACCCCUCCUGGGCCGAGCGGCUGAUGGUCGGCGUCCUGCACUUCAACCCCGACCGGUCGAGCUACGGUGCCUGGCGCCCCCCCCCGGGCUGGAGUUUCUGGACCCUGAGGCUCUCCCCGGAGGAGGAAGGCCCGUGGGAGAAAGCGGGCCUGGUGAAGGUGUCGCUAGAGUCAGACUCGCCCUGGAUGCGCUUCUUGGGCCCUGUGCUGUGUCAGAUGAAGAAGGAGAAGCACCCCGAGUACCCGUGGAACUUCACGUGCCCAGAGUACCGCGGGAGGUUCAGCCUACGUCUCCAAGACCUGCCAGCAAGAGCCGAGUUGGUGCCGUAUCAGGUUUGCCUUUCAAGGGCCUUGGUAUGCAUGGCGAGGAGGUGGGGGCGGCUGGCCGAGGUGCAGACACGCUGGCAGUGGAGAGCCAAGCGCAGCGUCGUCCGCUACGAGAAGCACGCGCGCCUGGCAGCGACGUGGUCAACUCGGAGCCGCACGGUGCAAAACGUGUUCCUGGUCUGCGGGGUUCAGCUCGCGGACAUCAUUUCGGAUCGCGCCUCGCCGCUCGACUUGCGGGAGCUCGGCCGCGUCUGA